AUGCAACGUAGUCAAAGCUACUCCUACCCACAAACAAUGGUCGGACAUUCCAGAUAUGCGUCUACACACGCCACCAGCUCUGCAUUCAGUGCAUCUGCGAAUCCCAAUGAAGACUGGACUAAGAUUUCCGACCUCGCUGAGAGGCGACGGAUCCAGAAUCGGAUCGCCCAGCGAAACUAUCGAAAGAAGCUCAAGAGAAGACUUGAAGACCUGGAGCGUCGCGCCGGUUCUUCCUCUGCUUCUCCAGAACAAUCACAUUCGGAACUAGCCACGACUAGCCCUCCAAAGGACUCCAAACAGUCACAAACUAUGGCUCGCCAGACGUCGAGGUCGAGCACUUCGCACGAGACACAGAGAGCCUCUCCAGAGAUCGUGGCAUUGGAUGACAACUCGGCUCUUUUUGACACUCCUGCCUCUCGCCAUCUAUCCGUCAGCUCUCCUCCAGCUUUCACCUUCUCCUCCUACCCUCCCACAACGGCGUAUCUCCAGUACGAGCAGCAACAACCGCUUUACGACACUUCAUCUAAUUACUACUCAAAUUACCAGUAUAGUCUGGAUGUGUCCUCAAAUUUACCUCCAACCCUUCCGGCAAUGUUACCCUCGUCCUACAGCAAACAAGAACAGCUUUUCGAGGAUGAUUUCCUGAGCCCCUUCAGCAUGAACUAUGCUUCUCUAGCCGGUCUAGAGAUGCCGUCGCACCAAGCCUUUCCGGGGGCCACUUCUCAUACACCGCCGCUUACAGAUCCCUACUCUAUCGAAUCAACGCACAAUUCACCCAACUACUUUGAUGUGCCGUUGACUCCGAUAUCAAGGACAGCAAGCCCCAAUUUUCACUUGUUCGACAUCAGGGGGUGGCAGCUAGAGCGUUGGACCUCGAGUGAUGAUAGAUCGUACCUGGAAUCAUCUGGCAACAACAGUGUAUGUUUUCACGGUCAUCUCGACAUCACAGCUCUAGGCGGGGCUGGAUUCGCUUCCCAACGAACUGCUGGCGACGAUCGACGCUGGGACUUGUCCACCUUCACUGGCAUCGAGCUCGCCAUUGACCCUUCCAAAUCUGACACCAAGACAUACACUUUGAUCUUCAAAGACCGCCUCCUUCCUCCAAAUCCCGAGAAUGGCCGCGAGCAGUCUACUGUCUCGUGGGAAUACGACUUCUCAAGCUCAGAUUUCCGAGUCAAUCCUGAUCACGACACUUCGUCCGCUACUGUCCUCAUCCCUUGGGAGAGUUUCAGGCCCACCUACCGUGGUAAACCGUGCUCUGAGACGGACCGCCUGAAUCUGGGCCACAUCAAGAGAAUCAGCAUCAUGAUCAGAAGCUUCUUUGGAUCUCAAGAAGGGCAUUUCAAUUUGCACGUCAGUUCUCUCGUCGCCAAAACCUCAACGGACUUGCCCACGUAG